GGGGGCAGAAACGAAACCACAUUACAUUCUUUUGCACAGCCUUAGUUGAUUGCUGAUCCCGCCGAUCGAGAACACCUUCAACGUUACAAUCUUUCACAAACACGGCAUCAACCAUGCUAUCUGACCGCAUCUACCUCCUUGGGGCCAGUCUGCUGGCUACAUGCCUCCAACUUGCGAACGCCCAGUUACCUGCAGACGCCAUAGAGCUUGAUCUUGUCUUCCCUCGUAAAGAUGGAAAGUACGGCGAAACCAGCAACGGCUACCCUGUCCUUCUGAAUGUUCAGAACCCCAACGUCGCCUACAAGUAUGGCUACAACUUCGUUUGGGAUAUUUACUCCAGGAACAAGAACUCGUACCUACGUACCGCAGCCCACGGCGUGAUGGGCGCCUCCAUCGGCAACGAAAGCACAUUUGGCAAUGGCCCGCAUCUAGAGGUUGGAAAGACCGGCCAUCUCGCUGCUGGCGACUACACCUUUGCCUGGGUCUUUGGCAUGGGUGCUCAAUGCGAAUUCACCGAGCAGCCCGAUUACAGCGAGUACAACCUCAACCCUCGCAUCGCCAACGGCAGCUUCGAUUUCGUUGUCGAGAGCAGCGGAAAGGAGCCGACUUUCACCAAAACCUGCCCGACAGCUAUCGGCAGCAUGAGCUAUGCCUCCACAACCACCUACAACUCUGAGGCCACCAGCGUUUGCGGGGUGACCGCAUCCGUCACGCACGAUGCCCAGCCCUGCUCAGCAACCGUCAGCGAUGACCAGGCGGCUAGCGUUUACAGCGCGCUGGGAUACGCUGCCGCCACCGGAUCGUCGAAUGGAGCGGCAUCCUACAGCUGCCGACAGCCUGCUUUUCACACCGCUCUCAUUACCGGUGUUGUUGCAGCGGUGGCAAUUUUUGCUUAAGGGUACGGGAUAAUCGUAUCGUCGAUGCAAAGGGAAAGAAAGGAGGGGGACGCUCCAAUGACUUGACGAAGAGUGGCCAGCUGAAUACAACGGGCAUCACAACCUGCCCGAUUCGCAGCCCUAUGAGCUUUUUCUUCUUCUUCUUCUUCUUCUUCUUCUUCUUCGGCUUCGGAGA